AUGGCCUCGCCACUCCGCUGUGCUCGCCCUGGGGCGGCAUUGACGGCCCAGUUACCCUCCUCGAUGCGCGUGUCCAACCUCCCCGCGAUUUGCCGGCGUUAUCUAAAUCAGGAUGUUCGCAUAACGAGGACCGGGAAGCCUAUUCUGACCGUGUCGGGCGGGAGAUCUUCCCUUGGGGGUUACACCGCGACCGUCUUUGGAGCCACUGGUUUCUUGGGAAGAUACAUCGUGAACCGGCUAGCUCGAUCGGGAUGCACGGUAGUCGUUCCAUUCCGGGAAGAGAUGGCGAAGCGCCAUCUCAAGGUUGCUGGUGACCUGGGAAGAGUCGUAUUCUUGGAAUUCGAUCUUCGCAACACCGCAUCCAUUGAGGAGAGCGUUCGGCAUUCCGACAUCGUCUACAACUUGAUCGGGCGUGAUUACCCGACAAAGAACUUUGAUCUGGAGGACGUGCACGAGGAGGGCACAGAGCGCAUCGCUGAAGCCGUAGCGAAAUACGACAUCGACCGCUACGUCCACGUUUCAUCGCACAGCGCGAGCCUCGAUUCGGCCUCAGAAUUCUACCGGACCAAGGCCAAGGGUGAGCAAGUAGCCCGCAACAUUUACCCCGAAACCACCAUUGUCCGUCCGGCGCCCAUGUUCGGCUUUGAGGACCGCCUGCUUAAUAGGCUUGCCAACCCCUCCAACGUCAUCACCACCAACUGGAUGCAAGAAAGUUUCUGGCCCGUCCACGCGAUUGAUGUUGGCAUGGCGUUGGAGAGAAUGCUGCACGAUGAUACGACAGCCGCCGAGACCUUCGAGCUCUACGGUCCGACCAACUACACCAUGGCCGAGAUCAACGAGCUGGUUAGCAAGGAAAUUAUGAAGCAGAGGCGCCAUAUCAAUAUUCCGAAACGGUUAGCGGUUCCCCUAGCGAAAUACCUAAACAAAUUCCUGUGGUGGACGACGAUUUCUCCCGACCAAAUUGAGAGGGAGUUCAUCGACCAGACGUUCGAUCCAAAUGCGAAGACAUUCAAGGACUUGGACAUUGAGCCUGUGGAUCUUCGGAGCAUGACGUAUGAGUAUCUGAAAGGAUACCGUAGCGCCCAGUACUACGAUCUGCCGCCCAUGACCGAGCGCGAGAAGCGGGAGGAAAAGAAAUACUUGCAUGUCAUUGAUGACCAGUAGAGGCGCACGGGGACUAAAGCGGAAGAAAGCUGU